AAAAUGUCUCCAAACAAUCUCACCCAAGUAACUGAAUUCAUUCUCAUGGGAAUCUCAGAGCUUCCAGAGUUACAGAUCCCCCUCUUCUGUGUGUUCCUGGUCAUCUAUGGGAUGACCGUGGUGGAGAACCUCGGCAUCAUCACACUCACCAGCGUUGACUCUCGACUGCAAACCCCCAUGUACUUUUUCCUCAGGCACUUGGCCAUCAUCAAUCUUGGCAAUUCUACUGUCAUUGCCCCUAACAUGCUGGUGAACUUCUUGGCUACCAGGAAAACAAUCUCUUACUAUGGAUGUGCAGCCCAGCUGGGAGGAUUUGCAUUUUUCAUCGUGGCAGAGAUUUUCAUGCUCUCGGUGAUGGCCUAUGACCGUUAUGUGGCCAUCUGUAACCCCCUGCUCUACAUGGUGGUGGUAUCUCGGCGGAUCUGCCUGCUGCUGGUUUCCCUCACAUACUUGCAGAGUCUGACCACGGCACUGACGGUCUCUUCCUGUGUGUUCUCUGUGUCUUACUGCUCUUCUAAUGUCAUUAACCACUUUUACUGUGACGACGUCCCUCUGUUAGCAUUGUCCUGUUCGGAUACCCACAUUCCAGAAACAGCCGUGUUCACCUUUUCAGGGAUCAACUUGCUUUUCUCCAUGACUGUAGUUCUAAUCUCCUACUUCCACAUCGUCGUUGCCAUGUUGAGGAUCCGCUCCUCGGAGGGACGACGGAAGGCCUUUUCCACCUGUGGUUCUCACAUGAUGGCUGUCACCGUGUUCUAUGGCACUCUCCUGUUCAUGUAUUUGCAACCGAGGACCAACCACUCAUUAGACACGGACAAGAUGGCCUCGGUCUUCUAUACCCUAGUAAUCCCCAUGCUUAACCCUGUCAUUUACAGCCUAAGGAACAAGGAUGUGAAGGAUGCCCUGAAGAGAUUCCUGAACAACCCAUGCCAAUCACUCAGACCAAUGUAA